AUGUUAAAAAUUCAGUAUUUGAUUGUUUUAAUUCUUUUUCAAGUUUGUCAUUUAUUUGUUCUUCUUGAUAUUUCAUCAAAACCAAGUGUAUUAAAAUAUAAUGGUGAUAAAAUAACAUCAUUUCAUUAUAAAAAUCCAUAUUAUACAAUAAGUAAUUCAAGUUCAUCAUCUCUAAUUGAUUAUAUGAGAACAUUAUAUGAACAAGAAAAACAAAAUGAUAUAAAAUCUGAUUAUAAUCUUAUACGAGCUCUUGUACCACGUAUCGUUGAAAUCGAUAAUGUUACAAUGUAUGUCUUUGAUUUAAAUGUCAUUCGUCGUAUGGAAAGUAUUUAUGCUGUUUCAUUACAUUUUUAUAAACGUCGUACACGUUGGCCAAUAUCAUAUUCUUUAAAUGAAAUCUAUUCAUCACAUCGACUUUCUUCACUUUCUGCUCAAAUACAAUUAGAAUCUGAUGCCUAUGGUUGGCAAUCAUUUCCAAUAGGAGAUGUUAUUCAACGUCAAAUUAAUUAUUUAAAAUUAUCACAAAAAUCUGAAUAUUUUGGUAUAACAUUUAAACCAACAGUAACAACAAAAAAUCAACGAAGAAAUAUAAUUGAAUUAGAAAAAUUUAGUGUUUAUACGCCAUUUUUAAUUGUUUAUUCAAAUGAUUCAAAACAAACAAAUAUUUUUGAAGAAUUUAUACCAAAAAAUUUCGAACAAGAUGUUAAAUCAUAUGAACAAUUUGAAACAGAAGUUAAUAAAAGAAACAGAUUGCGACGUUUUAUUGAAGAAAAACAAUCAACAUUGGAUUCAAAUACAUUUUUAUCCAAUUGGAAUGAUUCAAUUUCCAUACUUGAACCUGAAACAUGUUCUGUAAAACCUUUUGUCAUUGAUUUUUCUGAUUUAGGCUUCGCUUCGUGGAUGAUUGAACCGAAAAAUUUUAUGGCAAAUUUAUGUUCAGGUUCAUGUCAAACUAAAUUAAUGACAAAUCAUGCACUUCUUCAACACUUUCUUCAACGUUUAGGUAUAAGAAAUGAUAUUAAUUUACCAAAAGCUGGUUGUGUACCUGAACGUUAUUCAUCUUUAACUAUGUUCUAUAAAAGUUCAGACUAUAAUUAUCUUAUUCGUCGGUUACCUAAUAUGAUUGUCGAAGCAUGUCAUUGUAGAUGA